UGACCUGUCUCAUUCCUCAAACCAGAUUGGCUUGUGUGUGAUUAAAAGCUGCAGUCAGAGGUGCUCACAUACAGUAGUCACCAUGUCUGUCUCUACCAUUCUGCUGCCUCUGUUGCUGCUGCUCUCUGGAUCCUCAGCCUCCCACUUCCACGGAGGGACCAUGACCUUUAACCCCAAAGAAGUCAACGCAGACGGAUCCUACACAGUGGACAUUCGCUUCAAGUUGGCCAUUCGAACAGCGUGUUCCACUACAGCCUGGGCUAACAGGUGGACAUGUCAGAGUGGAAACUGUGGCAAUAUUAGCAGCAAUGCUCUGUAUAACCUGGACAGUAGCAGUGGAGACUGGUGCCAGUGGGAAGAAGUCAUGAUUAGAAAUGUUGACACCAACCUACCUUUUAUACUUCAACAGUUUAAUGGUAACUGGAUCACCACCUAUGUUGGAGAUAUAUUAUGGAGAUUAAGAACUACAGUGGAUCUGGGAGUGAGGUCUGACACAGGGACAGCCAACAGAUCCCCACAGACCACAGUCAUACCUCUUCUGCUAGUUCCAGUGAACUGUCCCAGGGAUUUUCAGCUUUUGGCCCAUGAUCCAGAUGGGGACCUGGUUCAGUGCAGACAAGCUCUGCUUGAGAACCAGGAGUGUGUUGAUUGUUCACUACCUGUACCAAGCAUUUUUACACUGAAGUCACCAUGUACGCUAUCUUACUUGAACACUUCCAUCUCGGCUGAAAACACGUACGCAGUGCAGAUUAUGAUGGAGGACUUCCCCACUGCGUCUAUAACCCUGAGCUACAAGGAUGGCUCGCAGUCCAACCGGACCUCCUUGUUAAGCCCUCUCAGCAAGUUGCCCGUACAGUUUGCAGUCAGAGUUGGGGCUGCAGUGCCCUCCUGUGCAGAGGGGGAAUAUCUCCCCAGGUUCCUGUCCCCGACGCCGGCCUACGGAACCCACUUCUACGUUGCUGUCAACAACACACUGGAGAUCUCAGUCAGGGCAGAGGCCCUUUACUCUACCGUUACUGAGCUUUUGGUCAGUGGUCCGCACAAUUUUACAAAGACGACGACUGCAACUGGACAGUUCACGAUAAGAUGGACACCAACAGCAGAUGACGACAGACAGGACCAUUCUAUCUGCUUCGUCUCCCAGGCACUGAAUAAUGACAGCUCUAGUAUAAAAUAUCACUCUGAGCUGCGUUGUGUGAUUGUCACUGUUGGAAACCUAUCUGGAGUCCCAGUUGGACUGACUAUGAGGGUGUCCUCUGUGACCAAGCUAAACGAAACCUACAUCAAGGAGGUGUUCUUGCAGCAGCUCCGGGAGGAAUUGAUCAGACGAGGGCUACCAGCAGACAUCACUGUUGGUCUGAGGAAGGUUCAAGCUCUCAGCCCCUGAGGGAGAGAGAUAGUGGAUCUUUACAACACACAACAACGCCCAGCUGAUGGAAAAUGAAGUUAGAUUAAUAGGUGUGUUCGACUUCAUGCAGCACCGGCGCCGCCGACAGCCGACUGCAACUUCAAGUCAGCCGGGCUGCAGCCGGCUGCCGGCGCAUGAAGUCAAACGCAUCUAAAAAUAUACUAUUUUCACUUGCAGUCAGGUGAUCCAUGUCACAUGCUCUUUAUGUGUCUUUAGUGCCACCUGGAGGAAAAAGAAGAUUUGAAAGUUUUUGUGUUUUACAUUUGAACUUACAUAGUGCAUGUUGAAGCAUUGUAUUUAAUGUUUGUAUAGAUAUGUUUAUGGAUAUCUGCAUUUUUAUUUUUGUGUCAGAGUGGCAGUAGGCAAUCUCAUUGUUCUGCUACUCAAAUCAUGUGAUUAGUCAUAAUGAUCCAAUCUCUCUGCAACAUUCAAUCUGCUGAUCUCAUCAUCCCAGUUAAUGAAAGAAUGAAUUCAAAUGAUCUUUCAUAUACAUAAAAACAUAAAUACAAUUAAAAUACAUACACGCA